CUGAGUAAAACUGCCAACAAACUGAUCGAUUUUGUCAUUUAUUCUUGCAGGUGGUUACCUGGCCGUGGCUCAUGGACAUUAAAAGAAGCCGUGGCUGCAUGGUUCAGCACUCCUUUGGUGGCGGACGGUGCAUCAUGUCGAGUCGAGAUCGAGAUUACGUCAGUGCUAUGAGAGACAGAUUUAAUAGUGUAAUUGAAAGAAUUCAGAACAGACAGGAGCAGCAGAGUUCUUCUGAGAGUCUUGUAGAGAGGUUGAGACUUUUCAGGGAAAAUGCUGCCUCCAGUAGAGGGCCAAGGAGGAGGGUGCAAACAAGACUUGCCACUUUCAGAGUUGGUCUCCUCCUCCAUCCUGAUAUGGAAACCUUCCACCCACAAAAAGGGGAAGCUUUGAGGAAAGUAAAGGUGCCAGUGUCCUUGUCAGCAGAAGAGUUCCAUGCUGUCCUCAGAAAUGCGUUUCCAAGAGUGGGCAGCACUGAUUUUGAGUUGGCAAGGGUAGAUUGUCAUAAAAAAGUUACAAGACUUCAAGUUUCUCCACUUUCACCGUCUGUGUUGAAAGCCAGCAGAGAGCUUAAUCGAUCGGCUUUAUAUUUACUCCCAAAGGAGAGUCUGGCGGAGCAAGUUGGAGAACAGCAAGAUGGGUGUAAUGUAAAUGAUGCAGAAGAAGUCUUGGACUCUUGCCAAAGCCUGGACCAAGAUGAUGAUGCUUUACAGGCUGUACAGGAAUCUCAUGACCCAGAGAUGGUGGAAGUAGCAGAUGAUGUGGUGGAAGUAGCAGAUGAUGUGGUGGAAGUAGCAGAUGAUGUGGUGGAAGUAGCAGAUGAUUUUGCUGAUGAUUUACAUGAGUGGCGUGCACUUCGUGCAAGGCAAGAUGAGGAAUACCUUGAAAGUCUGCAGACUGACCAAGAGAGGGGCCAGGCACAGCGCAGAGAAGUAGAAGUUUACAGGAAACGCAAAGAGGCUUUGGAAAGAAGACGGCUUAAUUUGAGCAAUCGUGCCGAGCCGCAGGAUGGCAUUCCACUGCAAGUGAAAUAUCCAGAUGGCCAUGUUGCAAGGAGGAGAUUUGACCUCAUGCAGCCAAUUCAGCACCUAUUUGACUUUGUCGGCUCAGAUGACAUGGCUACAGAGGUGUUCUCUAUUCAGAGAGCCAGGGCAUCACCAAUAAGAAGUACAACAACGGGCAAAAUAAUUGAUCACAUCAAUGAAUCCUGCAUGGUUUAUGUAACCUGGGAUGAUGUAAUUGACACAGACAUUGCUCACAUUCUGGUUCCCGAAGAAGAUAAUAGUCCUCAAAACAGCUCAUCCGUGCCCUUGGAUACAACUGCUGGCUUCCCGAACUUGAGUCAUGUCAAUGACCCUAACGAAUAAGAUCUGAAAACCUUACUCGCCACUCUAGCAUCAAAGGUCUGGAUUGGAGAGACUCCCAGCUGUAAUAUGAUAAAUGUAUGCAGAGAAAACCUAAUGGAUGGUGCCAUCCGAGCCUUUGCAAGGAGGAGUUUCAAUCCAGAAGCCAAAUUAAGUGUCAUAUUUAUGGAUGACUUCAUGCAAGCAGAGGGUUCAGUGGAUGAGGGGGGCCCUACACAGGAGUUUUUCCGACUUCUUAUGAUGGCUCUCAGAGACAGCGCCCUAUUUACAGGGCCACAGAACAGUAAGAACCUGUCCCUGGACAGCCAUGUUAGUACCCACACGGCACUUGUCUAACUCGUCAAACCUAUUGAUAUUUCUGCAUUUGUUGACAUUUUAGUUUGUAAACACCUUAUACUGCAGAGGUCUCUACAGAACAUAUGGAGGGAUGAUUGCUGUUGCACUGGUGCAUGGAGGAGUGUUUCCUUCUUUUUUUUCCGAGAGGCUCUACCAAAACCUUUGCUCUAUACCUACAUCACCACCCACUCUCGAAGAAGUAGCCGAUCAGGAUUUGCAGUUGAAACUCAAAAAGCUAUGUCAAUUUUGUCCUUGUUUUUUUUUUUUUUUUUUUUUUAACAAUUGAAGUAUCUCAAAGGCCUGCUUCUACCAAUGAACUGUCGAUGUCUUAAAGAUCAGUGAGGCAGUUGAUGUUACAGCAGCUAGAGCUGCCAUUGAGGAAGCUGCAGAGAGCCUGUCCUUGUUGGGGUCCCUGAGGCAUAUCGCCACUAUGGAGGGAAGGGACCAGUUGGUUCAGGCUGCCACAAGUUUCUAUGUGGAAGGAAGGACAAAGGAAGCCUUGCAACAUUGUUCUUUACAGACUUGCUGAAGGACUAAACACACUUGGUCUCCUGGACCUGAUGAAAAUUCACCCCAGCAUCUUCAAGGAUGGGUUUUCUUCAUCAGAGAGGCCUUUAAAGGCUACAGACUUGAUCUCCCUGUUCAAAGCAACGCUGUCCCAUCCUGAAAGCAACCAGUGGCAAAAAGAGAAGAGAGUUGAAGGGUACUGGAGAGACUUCCUACUUGAUAUUGAAGAUGGUGUGUUUGAGAUCACAAUGGAACAAAUCCUGGUGUUUGCCUCUGGAGCCGACAGAGUGCCAGCUCUUGGUUUUUCCCCUCACCCAACUCUGACUUUCAUUCAUGAGACAGGGCGGAAGUACCCUGAAGCCAUACCUGCCUUACUGGAGACCCUUGAGAGGAGCAUCAGAUGGGCAAGAGUGAGGAUUCUCCGAUUGGAUGAUGCAGAUGAACUCCUUCCAUUAGUGACCGGUUUUAUUCAACUAGUGCAAACCGCUUUGUCAACUCAAGAUGAAGGUACCUCUGGAUAUCAAGCCCCAUUGGUCCGGACAGGUGAUUUUGGACGAUCCAGCUACCUGAUCACAGAAGAACACCUGAGAUUCCUGCUCUCAUGUGGAUUUGUAAUUACACAAAUUGCUGAAAUCCUGGAUGUAUCAGUCAGUACAGUUAAACGGAGAUUGAGGUUGUUCAACUUGUCCUCUUUUAUGAGGUAUGAACGCCUUUCUGAUGCAGAACUUGAUGAAGUGGUUCGGCAGUUGAUUGGAGAAAAUGAAGAGAUGGGAGCUAAUGCUGUUGGGGCCAGACUAUCUUCUAUGGGUGUUCGAGUGCAGAGAAGGAGAGUGAGAGAGUUUGAUUCGAGUGAAUCCAGCUGGCGCCGCACACAGAUCGUUGUCUCACAGAUUGCAUCGGAGAACCUACAGUGUUGCAGGUCCCAACUCGCUGUGGCACAUUGAUGGGAACCACAAACUCAUCAGGUGGAGAAUGGUGAUCCAUGGUGGAAUCUGUGGCUUCAGCAGACUGGUUGUGUUUUUGCAGGCUUCAGACAAUAACCGAAGUAACACAGUUUUUGAUCACUUUGUUCAAGCCACUGCUAGGUAUGGGGUACCGUCUCGAAUAAGGUGCGACUACGGGGGCGAAAACAAUGCCGUUUGCUUGUUCAUGAACAUUUACCGUGGAUCAGAACGGGGAAGUGCCCUACGGGGCAGAAGUGUCCAUAACCAGCGGAUUGAGAGGCUUUGGGGAGAUCUUUGGCGAGGUAUGACUAAUGUGUACCACCAGCUUUUCUCCUUCCUUGAAAAUGAGGGAAUCAUUGACUGUACGAAUGAGCUGCACUUGUGGGCACUGCAUUAUGUUUACCUGCCACGGAUUAACCGGGACCUGCAGGUUUUCCAAGAACAAUGGAACAACCAUGGCUUGCGCACUGUUGGCCACCGCACACCAUGUCAGAUAUUUGUCCAAGGAUGUCUUCAGAGGCAAACUCAACCACUCACAACCAUGGCAGAGAUUUUUGGAUCCGACACUGCUCAACAAGGUGCAGCUGCUGCUCUUCCUGCUCUGAAUUGGCAAGAAGUAGUAACCGUCCCUCCUAACCAAUUCAGUCCAAGCCAUGCACAGAUGCAACAACUCCAGGAUGUGGACACUCUGGCAGGACCUAUUGGUAGUCUGGCUAUAGAUACACUCCAAAGUGUAAUUGACAUUUUGGAACAGUAAUUUCCGUCUGUGUCACGGCCCUAAAAUUGCUACGUAUACCUGAUAAGACUCCUUUCCCAUUGCCAGUAGACGAAUGACACUGACUAUAGAGUGAUGAGACAGCGUUUGCACUUUGGUUUCAAUAACAGGUUGGCGAGAAGCACUCUCCAAAACAGUGCUUUGCCUUAGCCCGAUAGCAUCAACCUGAGUCACGUUAACUGUACUAUGCUUAGCUCGUAGCUGGUAGCUCAACCUUGACAUGCUUUGUGAUAUUUUAGUUCGGCUUUACACAAUGUGCAUAUGGCUUUCAACUUGUCUACGAGCCGUCCGGGAGUUUUUUGUCUGACUGUGUUGGA